UGGAGGGAAUCAGGAGGUUUGUUGUGGUUGAAGGGUUCUUUUGGAGUUGAUGACGUUUAUUGACGAACAUGUUUCGAAUCAAUCGAGAUCUCUGCUGCUUCUCGACCUCUGGCAAGUAUUUCGUUACUGCACAUCAACAGGAGUUGAUUCUCAGGGAUUGCAGGACACUGGAGAACGUUCAAACGUUCUCUUUUCAGGAGUUCAUUGAGUAUUUGGAGUGGUCUCCCGGAGGUCAAUUGAUCCUCUGCGCCAAUAUCAAGAAAGGAAUCAUUCAAGUUUAUUCGAUUAAACAUCCAAAAUGGAAAUACAAAUUGACGCAAGGAAGUUCUGGAAUAGAAAAGGUCUUUUGGGGUCCUGACGAUCGAUCAAUAUUGAUUAUUUCAGAUUUAAGCGUGCAUAUGUCAGUCUGGACAUUAGACGACCACAAUUUAACGAAUAUCUGGAGUUUGAAAUCUUCAACGCCUCAGAACAUCGCCCUCAACAUUCCCCACAGACAGUUAUCAGUCAUAGUAUCAAAAGAAGGGAGGGACUGGGUCGAAAUAUACGAAACAACGACGUGGAAACUAACAAGAAAAUUGAUGUGUGAUAAAUUAUUCGGAAUCGAUGGAGUGUCCUGGUCCCCCAAUGGAGAACUAUUGGCGAUUUGGUGUUCCACUAUUGAGAAAUCGAAACUAUUGGUCUAUUCUAUCGUGACGGACUCGCACAUAGGAGCAUUCAGUGAGGCGGAUAAAUAUAAGAAUGGAUUAUCGAAUGGCAUUAGCAAAAUUGCUGGGGAAAAGAAUGUUAAGGGGAUUGAUAAAGUGGUGUGGAGCCCCGGAGGUCAAUUAUUAGCUAUCGCCGGAUAUAAUGAGACGGUUGCAAUUAUUAAUCACGUCACCUGGACCGUAAUUCUAUCAUUAUACUGUGAUCCGGUUAUAAGAGAGAGUAAUUACCUUGGAAAAGUAUUCAAAGAAAUUGAAGUGAAAAGGAGAGACUGGGCGACUGAUAUCAAUUUAGUUUCCAUUCCUGACCAGCAUAUCAGAUACAAAAUGCAGGAAAUCAAUGAAAGACCUAUCAACAUUCAAAUCGACACUAAACCGAUAAAUUGGGACGUAACAAUCGCUGCGAUUGAUAUUAUGGAGUUUAGUCCUUGUGGGAGGUUUUUAGCUGUGAGGCAUCAGCUGUAUCCAACCACUGUAUGGAUCUGGGAUCUUGUGGAUGACUGUGUUGAUUACCUUUUAUUAAAAAAUUCCAUCUCCGGAAUUUCUUGGGAACCGAACAAAAUUCGUCUUCUGGUUUCGUCCGAAUCGUCUUUGAUUUUUGAGUGGAGACCAAGAACAACAGCCACUUGUUUAGAGUCCCCCAAAGCCAUGAAAGUAUUGAACUCCAAAUGGAGUCCACAAGGGGAAAUCCUGGCUCUCCAAGGGUACAACAAAGCCUCGAUCAUUCGUAUCACUGACUGAUAUUUAUUGAAAUCACAUAGAAUAUAUGAAUCUAUCUGUACAAUAAUUUAUUACAUUUUCUACUCAAGUAACCUUGCUUGCCCAAUGAUUUUUUUAAUUGAUUUAUCUCUCCUAUGGGCACUAAAAUUAAAAAAUCCAUUAGUAUUCGGAAACUUGCAGAUACCAAACUAACUUAAUAAAUUUUGAAUUAUUCAAAAACAAGAAAGAAUAGAGAACGAAAAAAGGCCUAAUCAGAGUUUACCGAAAAAUCAUUGGAAUAUGUAAAUUCUUCUCGGAAAAUGACUGAUGAGAAAACUGCAUCAUUAUAGUUACUUCACACUCCAAAUGAUUCUCCAAAGAUACAACUAAAUAUGAAUAAUUUAUGAGAAUCCCCUAAAUAAUAUUCAUGCGGAUUCCAAUACAAAAUCUGCGAAUUCUUUUGUACAAUAAUCUGCUAAUUGUUACACUCACAUAAAAUUAUUUACAAAAUAGCUAAGACAAUCUUCCCUCCCUCUUUAUGAAAUUAAAUGAACUAUAAACAGCCUAGAAUUCUCAUUUAUACUUUCAGACUCAUCCAAUUAUUCGAAACAUGAUUUUUCAAAAUGAUUCUCAUUUUUAUUCAGAGCAUUCGAUUCAAUAGUAAAGUGAAAAAUAAUCUGGAUCCAAGUCCCGUAUUUUAGUAGACAUUUUUAAAAUUGGACCUAAAAUGUCUCUACAACACAGAAAAAAACGGCAGAGGUCUCAAACAAGUCUUACUUGUGCCAAAAAAAUCGUUUGUUAAAA